AUGAUUAUAGCCUUGUGCAUCAGUCUGAUUCCGGUCAUUUUGACAACCACUGUCCAAGCUGAUGUAAGUAAGUCAGACGUCACCAGAUCAUACCUCCGUGACUGUGCCACUGUUGAGGUGGAUACGAGCAAGAAUCCUAGCCAUGAAUACAAGCUUAUAUUGGAGUUGGCCGAAUCACCGAAUAACAAGGCGACGAGCAACUCAAGCUCCGUGAAAUUGUGUAACAUCCCUAUGUGUCGAGAAGUGAGGCUUCGAUUUACAAUGUUUAGUAGAGCGACGAGCAAUAAAGAAUUCCAACAGAUCUAUACUGAGGAUAUCCGGAAAUCAUUGGACGCUCCGGCAAUCACAAACCUGCACACAGCAGCUCCCCAUGGCCAAAGUGUCGUCUUACGUUGGACACUUCAAAACUACAACGAUUGCAAGGACAAGGAAUUGGUGUUCUUCCUAUUCGGCGAUAAGACAAUCAUGCAACUAGCUAAGGGAGAAGAGAUUAGAAUCCCAUACUUAACCAACGGCCAGAGGUACAGUGUGUAUGCAUUUCCAAAUUGUGUGGACAAGGAAAUACGUGUCUUCACAACUCCGAAAUUCGAGCUGCAUGCGCAAUAUUAAAUAUCCAAGUGCGAAACGUCUUGAUUAUUCGUCUGGAUAACAUACUGAUCGUUGGCAAUCCAUGCAAAUCGCUAUGCACAAAUAAUUAAUUCGUCUGCGCCACCCCAGUAUCACUAGUAAUAAUUUGUCAUUACCCAAAACUAACAACUCAUUUCCACUUGAUUUUACAUGCACUAUUAUUACAUUUGUAAUUUCACGUGUUCUCUAAAAUACACUUCCGAAUAUAUAUUUGUUGCAC